CCUAAGUGUCUCUCAAGUCAGUGAUAAGACAGGCGCUGCAUAAAUUAUCACUUUCAUCUGGCAUUGUCACUCACUAUGGAAAUUUGCUGACACGACACUAAACCUUUGAUUGGCUAUCUAGUGUUUGAGGGAGGAUAAUAACAUAUCCACGUCGUCAUCCCAUUGGAAAGGAAGGCAGAACGUAGCUAGACGGAAUUUGCGAAGUUCCGAAGUUGGAGGCACGAACGCAUCAUCAAAUUGAGGAAUCAAAGAGAAAGGAGGUGGAUUGUUAAAACUGUGGGAUCCAAAAACGGUGCUAAGACACAGGACUGUGAUGUCUGAUAAUAGCACCGGCAGCAGUGGGUCUUCCAGUAACAGCUGGACUCUCCUCUCUCCUGAGGAGGUUGCCAGUGACACUACUGGACACGUAGAUGAUGGAACAGAGAGUAUUGGUGAUGCACCAAGCCUUUCAGAGGAAGUUGCAGCAAGCUCUUCGGAUGUGAAACCAAGUGAGGGUGAAAUUCCACUGGAGACCAUUUUUUCAGAAGAGGGCCACCAGAUUUGUCAGGAAACUUCCCCGGAGUUCUUUGAGGGGACAGCUUCUGGUCUGGCUAUUGAAGCUGACCCUGAAAUAUGUGCCCCUAUCAUCCAUGAUACUAUCACCAGCUCCCCUCCUGACAAUGAUCUUCUUGGUGCGGUUCCCUUUAGCAUCGCUACAGAGUCAGCCCUCUUGCUUUCAGAGGAGCCAACCCUUGAAGAGCCUUAUGUAGAGACCUUUCCUGAUGUACAGCCCACCGUUGAACUUCCUUCCAAAGAAAGCCCUGCCACUGAAUCAACACCUGAAAUUACCACUAAUUCUGAACCAAGAGAAAAGAGUCCCUCUCCUGAGAUUCCUGAUUCUACUACUUCUGGUGUUGGUGCAGACAUAAGGUCUCUGGUCUCUGACAUCAGUUAUACGUCUGCAAUCCCUGUAGAAGAUAUUAAUGUUGAGGCAAUUCCUGGCCCUGAAAGCCUAUCUCCAAGUUUACUCUCUGAGGUUGAUUUUGGUUCAGUAGCAGAAAGCCCACAACUUGAGAGCCCAUAUACAGAAACAAUCACUUCAUCUGCCUUGGAAGAGGAGGAGUCUGAAAUACAGGGUGAAGAGCUCAAGCCAGCAGAUAAAUCAAUGGAUGUAAUGAGGAAAACAGAAUAUGCUGGUGUGGAUAUCUCAGUUGGCACUCCAGCAGAGGGAGAUGGACUGCGGCUCCGGCAUGUGCCACACAAUGAGGUGGAAAGACAGAGCUCGGAUGAGGAAGAAGAGGAAUUUAAGCUACCAGAGAGGAAAGAGGAGAAAGCAGGCUUCUCACUAAAUCAUCUGAUUGUAGGAGCACUGGUGCUGUUGUGUCUUGGCUCGCUUUUCUUCUCAGGUUCCAUGGUUGACCAGGAUGGCGAAGACUUUGAUGCCUCUGAGCCAAGUGAACAGGAACUUCUUGAAAAACUUGCUCAAGAAAACAAACAGAUUUACAUACUGGAGGCCGAGAUACAGUCCCAGAAAGAAGAGUUGCACAAGGCACUGAGGCUGGCUGCAGAUAAAGGUACAACUGAUGUAGAAAAUGCUAUGAUGAAAGAAGAACUGUCUGCAUUGCCUGGUCUGAAACAAGAAUUAGAGGAGCUCAGAGCCAGGGUCAUGGAACUCACCCAGCUUACAGCUGAGGAAGCCUCUGAACCUUCUGCCAGCUCUGUACCAUCUUCACCUGGUGUUCCUGGAGAGAGUCAAGGUUCAUCUGGGCCUGAGGCAUGGUGGGAUAAGAAACAGGAGCUUAAGAGACAAAGGACUCUAUUGGAAGAGAGCAGAAAGAGGCUGGAAGGAAUGAAGAAACACGGUUGGCACCAAAAGGGCCUGAGGGAGAGUUUGGUUGAAAUGCAGCAGAGGCUGUCUAAACAGGUGGAUCACCUAGGUAAGAGGGAUGAGUGGAAAAGGAAGUACAAGCACAAAGAGGGAAAAAAGGAAUGGUGUAAAAAGAAGAGUAACCACUGGAAGGUGGAAGAGUCUGGGAAGAGAAAGGAUGAUGGUGACAGGAAAUCCAAAGACCACUUCAAGAAGUACCAAGAAGAGUGGGACUAUAAAAACGUUGAGAGGAGGCUUGAAAGAGAGCGAAGAAAACGCAAAGAGAGGCCAUGGCAAGUCAAGCUCGAUCAGCACCAGCAUAAUCCCCAUCAUCAUAAACAGCACCAUCUUCACCAUGAGUCUGUAGGCUUUUGGAAACACCAAGAGGAGAAGCUCAGAAGGAACAAGCACCCUCCAAAACGCUGCCAGGGUGUGGCAGAGUGUGCUGAUUCAGAGGGACUAAUGCCUGUGAAGUUGUCUGAGUUUCAGGCCCUCUUGGAAGUCUACCUGAGUAAAUUGGAAGGGGUUUCUGAGGAGAACAUAGAAGCUCUUCAUCGUCUCAUGGCACAGUUCUUCCAAGGUGGGAUCUUCAUGCAUGAGAGCAUGCUCUUCAGAGAGUUUGCUGAAGAUGUGGCAGACAUCUUGGAGGACCUGGCAGAUGUUCUGAAUGAUGAGCAGCAGGGCGGUGAUGAUGACGUGCUUGAGGAGCAGAUGGAGGAGUUUGAGAGGGAGGCCCUGUGGAAAUUUGCUGCCUCUUCUGCCUAGAGCAACAAGGCUUUACACAACCAAGAUGGACUGAAAAAUGAGCCAUGUGAAAGAAAAAUGGAAUGCCACACCAAAAUGAGAUGAACAGACAUUGGUUAUUUUCCCCAGGCUAUAUGGACUAACUGUAGUGUGCCUGUACUCUGUGAAAGGAGUGUUUUCCUGGAGUCUUGUCAUUUAGUGAAGAUCCAGUACAUUGGGGACCCUGUUGUGAAUUACCCCUGUAGUGCCAAGCCCCUGGUUUGUGCUUGUUGUUCAUCGAUUACUUUGAGUUUGUUGUUGCCUCUUAGUGUCAAGUUAAAUCAAAUCAUCUUUAAAGCAGAAAGGAUUCCCUGAUUCCUUUAGGGAAAAGUAUUAAGGUUGGUCUGGGCUGUAAUGAAAGAAGUGAGCCAGCCGAGGCAUGUAUGUGUAUUUUGUACCUGCUGCUUUGGACAGCCUGUAUGUACCUGUUUACACUCCUACCAUAAUAUUGCUGACUGCUUGUGUGUCAAACUUGCCUGUUCCCUGUGUAGAUAUGACCACUUCAGUAAGAUGUUUUAAAGCAUACUGCACCAUCUGAGUGGUGGUGUGUAAUUUUUUAUUUUUACUUGUGAGGAAAGCUGGCAGAUUCUGAUUUGACUUGGUAUAUGAAAAAAAUAAUGUCAAAGACUGCAAAGGUUUGCUAGUGGGGGAACAUGGUCCUAAUUUAAUCAAAUUUCAAAAUGUCUGACACGUCAUUAAAUGAGCUUGUGCACUGCACAGUUUUAUUUUGUUUUUGACAUUUUUGUGCAUAAAAUAAUCAUUUGAGGAAAAUAAAUUUGUUUGCUAACG